UGCUUUCACACAAACAGAGAAGCAAAGGCGUCAGUUGGCUCACAUUAAACUGCGACGGCUCCUUCGCUUUUCUGCCAUUAAAAUGAGAAGCUGAUGAACAGCGGACCACCCGCCCAGCAUCAAGGAUUAAGUGGUCAACAGGAUGUGCUCCAUUUUAUUGUGUUAAUACAUUUUUAGGUGCAGUAUAAAUGAUGUCCACUGAAAAUACAAAAAGCUCAUUUGUCUCCUCUUCCUGUUCCCAUGAGGCUUUGACGACACAGAAGCUCUGAAGCGCCCACUAUCUGUGCAACGGAAAAAUGCCUGAACUAGCAAGAGUGGGACCUCUCAUUUUAUGGCUUCUUCAAGGUGCACUUUGUAAAGACUCCUGGAUUUCACUGCCCAAGAAUAUGGAGGCUCUGGACGGCUCCUGUGUGGUCAUUCCCUGCACAUUUGGACCUACCAAAGCACUUGGGAGAGAUCAGAUUGGAGUGUGGAGAAGUAAUGAUCCAUGGAAAGGAAACGAGGUGUUCAGAAAAGGCACAACACAUGGCGUCUGGGCAAAUGUCAGAGUGACGAUCGGUGAUGUAAGAGCGGGAAACUGCAGCACACGACUGGACAGAGUCGGACCUCAACAAGGAGGGACGUAUUACUUUAGGACUGAAGGACAAUACAGCUAUACAUUUGGACACAACGCUCUUAAUAUUACAGUUCAAGAUAAGCCACUGAUCACUCCAUUUGUCCCAGUAAAGGAGGGCACAGUCACCUAUCUGUCCUGCUCUGCUCCAUCUUCAUGUCCCAGAGACCCCCCAGUCCUGGCUUGGAGUGACACACUGAAAGGGGCAAAAAUGGAGACGUCCAAGGAGGAAAGCAGAAUCCAAGUGGUCCUGCGCUUCAAUGCUUCCCACGUCCACCACAACAAGACGGUCACCUGCAGGGCGAGCAGACGAAGACAACGCUGGACCAACACGGUCACUCUGAACGUCACUUAUUCUCCAAGACGCACAUCGAUAUCUGGCCAUCGUGUUCACAACGUCACAGAAGGGGACGCCGUGACGCUAAGCUGCACCUCCAAUGCAAACCCUCCCAGCAGUUACACCUGGUAUCAUGUUACCGGGUCAUCGGUCACCCAAAGAGGAUCUGGGCAGAGUCUGCCACUCCACAACGUGACCCUCAGUGACGGCGGGCUCUACUACUGUGAGGCGAGGAACAAACACGGAGGGGAGAACUCGACCGCGGUGACCAUCGAUGUGCAGCUGUCGACCCCUCCAGUGGCUCCGCUCCCCCAGGUUCAUCCUCUGACCCUCGUCCUGGUGUCCGUUCUUUGUCUGCUGCUCCUCCUCCUCUUGCUUUGGUGCUCCAUCAGGAACAUAAAGAUAAACAAGAGAGCCCACCACACAGCGGGCAGGCCUUACAGAAGCCAUCAGACAGAACAAGAAAAGAACAAAAGAGGGGAAAGGCGUGAAGCCCAGUGUGCCAGCCCUGGAGGUGAAGAUGUUUGUUACGCUGCAGUUGAUUUUUCUAAAACGAAAUCCAACAAGAAAUCAGAGGAGGAUUAUGUGAAUUCUAAUGUCCUGAGGAACUGGACAAAUGAAGUUGUGGUAUACGCGAGUAUUAAACACUAAAGAAGCUCAGCAUUGCAGUUCAUCUUCAUAAGAACGCAGUUUGAAAAACACGUAAUGAACGGACCACGACGGAGGCAGCCACAUAAGAAAGAGCAGAGCAGAGUUGUGUAUCACCCAGAUCUGGACAUCAUUAGGUGGGUCUGAUUUAACAAGUGGCCACCUGAUUGGCUAGAACAUCACCUCAUAGGCCUGAAAGUCACCACCUGACCUUUGUCACCACCCACUUAGCUCAAUGUCUCCAGUUAUGGUUGCUCCCUUACGUUCAGAUUAAGUCCAUCGUGCAUCAGUUGUUCCACGGUGGAUCAUCCAGCACUUGACCUUUGAAAAUUAACAGUCCUGGAAACGCACAUUGAAUUUACAAGGCACCACAAUACCAUCAGAGCCCUGAAAAGUCCAUUAUAAAGAAGGAGAAUCUGUGAGGAAGGGGGCUUCCUCCAUUGGGCAGUCUGAGCAAGAAGACCCGUAGCCACUAAAAUGUGUACGUCAGUCCUAGAGAAGGUGAAACUGCGUCUGUGACAAUCGGGGUGUUUAACGAGUGCAGCUGAACAAAAGCAGUGGACCAAAGUAAGACAAUAUGAAGAGUGGAGAACGACAUUUAAAGUCAAUGAAAUGACAUCUGAUGAGUCCUGGCCAUUUAGGACUCAGUCCUGAGCACUGUAACAACACGGCCCCCAUAAGAGCACAACUCCCACCCAGAAGACCAUCACCCUUCUGGGUGUCCGGGCCUGGAACAGUUGUGACGAUGUCAGGAAAAAAAUGGACGUUGCUACCAGUCUCGUCUUUUUGAACAUUGGAAACGUAUUUUUGUACAUUUUGAGUUUAUUCAAUUUGAUUUUUUUUUUAUCAGUAGAAUGACAUUUCAAUGCCAUCUUAGGACGGCCAUUUUCUGCUCACUCUUCAUGACUGGUUUGCAGUUACUAUGCAGGAGUCAUGUGACAAAUGAUGUCAUCAGGGCCCGCCCAUUUCAGAUGGUGUCGAUGCACAGCUUCUGCUGUUCUACCUUUAGGGCCGAUUUGCUGUAAGUUGACACUCUCAUGUCAUCUCGUUCACCAUUCCAUGUGUUCAGAUUAAACCUGAAGGACGAAGCUUGCUGGAGGAGCAGAGGAGGCAGAGAGGGACAGAGACGAUGACAGACCUGCAGAGAAACAAGGCCAUUGCUGUGUGCUGCUGAUUGUGGCUGUGGUUGAGUUGUGGGAAGCGAUUCAGAGGAAGAGUCUCCCAUGAAUUCAUCUAAUCUCUAGUUUAUCAAGCCUUGUGUUCAAUCCUCUGUGUGUGUGUGUGUGUGUCAGGAGUUGGAGGAGCUGGAGCACCCCCUGGUGGCCACACCUCGAAGAGCAACUCUGUCAUGUCCCAGGGAGCCACUUGAGGGACCCGCCAAAAGAAGCUCUCCUUGCUUGACCCGCAUUAUAAAAGGUGUCACCUCACAUACCUCACCUCCAUGUGUGGAGUCAGAGUCGGGAGUCGGAGGGCUCAAUAGAGCCCACCCUGUGAGCUUUGAAGAGUGAAGUAUUUCAUGUUGUGUGUUGUGUUAGGGAUAAAUACAUGAAAAUGAAAUAAUUCAACAAAUGCAAUACAUGCAGUAUAAUAAGUGACACCGUUAAUUAUUUAUGCUCACACAUUUUCUUAUUGUUAAUUCAUCACGUUUCACAGUACACAAGUCCUCGAGGUUUCUACUUCAGCUCCAUGUCUCAGAUGUUUGUCUCAGAUUCCCAUAACUCUUUGUGUAAUUUCCGCUGGAGUCCACGAGUGUGUCACCCACUGUUAACUCUGCUUUAUCAAAGCCUUUGAGAAUUCUGAAGACUGGAAUGAGGUCCCCAUGAAGCCUCCUGAUCUCGAGGCUAAACAUAAGGACGCAAAAAUGAACAAACACCGUCAAGCUCUAGUAGCUGAGCUCUCUCAAUAUCUCAUCCAGAAUGCACUCCAUUGAAGACACACGACUUCGCUAUCCACCUGACGGCUUCCUAAGCUUUCUGCCCCACAAUAACCAGCUGUGGUUCUGUUUCAGUGAAUCCUUUAUCUUGCUGUGUUUCUGCGCAUUUCUGUCUGAUUUCUUCUUAUUUGUUGGUAAUUUUGUACCUUCUUGCUAAUCACUCCAAGCUACUUUAUGUAAAUUGUGUCGCGGAUGCCAGGGGCGACGACCCGGCCGGGACGCCUUGGAGGACCGGAAGUGGGCGUGUGCCCAUCUGGG